CCAAUGGUUUGGAUGCUUUUAUCUGCAACCUAGGUACUAUGUCAGGUUUUAGUGAUGUCUCUAAAGGCAUUAAUGCAAGUGAAUCAGGAGUUCCAUCAUUUGAGACCUAUACUGCUGACGAAAAAGAAGAUUCUGGAUUAAAUGAAGAUGAAAUCUUAAUGGAAAGAGAGAGCAGCUCAGAGGAGGAAGAAGAAAAUGGUGCCUUAGAUGAUGAGAAUAACAAACGCAAAAGAAAGAAAAAUAUAUUCAGUGACAGUCAAGACUGGGAAUAUAACGCUAAGAAGAAGAAGCAAGAAGUGGCCUCGUAUGGGAUGCAAGGUUUGUGGUGCAUAAGAACGAAAGAAAGUUAA